AUGUUAAAGAGUUGUUUUGGAUCAUCAAAGAAACCAAAGAGAGAAGCUAAAGUUGUGAAGAAAGAGAAAAAAGUUGUUGUUAUAAAAGAAUUUCCUUCAUUGAAGAACAUAUGUUCACCCAGGUCAUUGUUGGGUGUUAUUCAAGGUCUAAGUAGAGAACAAAAGGAGUGUAUUAGGGUUAUGGGAUUUGUGAGUUUGUUACGGAUGAAGAUGAUUGACGUACCAUUAAAGAUUGCUUAUUAUGUUCUUGAUCAUAUCAAUUUUGAAACUUUGAAGGUGGAGUUUGAGAAUUGUCAAGUUGGUGUAGAUAGUAAAUCUAUUCAUGAGAUUUUAGGAUUACCAUCCGGUGGCUCAUUACUUUCAAACAUGGACUAUAUUGCCGAGAAUAGUGAAGAGAGUUGUAUGUUUGAAUUGAAGAAACAUUAUGAAAAUAUUGAUAAAUUGAGAUUGAAACAUCUAAAGAAUGAAUUUGUUCGAACUAGUGCAGCCGAUGAUAACUUUAGAAUCAAUUUUUUGGUUCUUUUUAUUAAUAUAUUCUAUGAGUCUACAAGCAUGGGUAAAUGUAAUCUGAAUCCGUUGUAUUUAAUCAGAAGAAAUAUUGAUUUAAGUAGCAUUGACUGGUGCGAUUUCAUUGUUGAUUGUUUGGUAAGGAUGAAACAGGUUUACAACCCAGAGAAAGAAUCAUCUUUCUUUUAUCGAUCACCAACACCUUAUGGUACGUUUCUUGAGGAUAUUUUACAAGAGAAUGGGGGAUUUGGAUAUGAAGAUGCUAAUGAACCAUCUGUUGAAGAAGAAUGUCAAGAAUAUGAGUAUAAUGAAGAGGAGUAUGGUGGUAAUGAGGAUGAAUUUGAUGGUGAUGAGGAUGAAGAAGAGUUUGAUGUUAAUAAAGUUAGUGUUAUGGAGAGUGUUGUUCUAAUUGAUAGCCAAAAAGGUGUAUCAUUUAGUCAAUUCAUGUGCGAUCCAGUUGUUGAAAGUUUUCUUAAACCUUCGGAUCAAGGUACUGAAAAGUUGGUUGAUUGUUGUAUAAAUCAGAAACAACUUGAAGAUGAUGUGAAUGACAAUUUGAUUGGUUUUGAGAAAAAUGAAUUUGAUAUUGAAGUGUUAGUUGAAAUUUCUAAAGCAAAGAAGGAUGGAGAACGUGUGGUUCAAGGUGAAGGUGUUGAAUUUGAUUUGAAUUUAGGGGAAGAAAUUAAAGAUUGUUCAAAUAAAAAUAAAGAUGGAGAAACUGCUAAAGAAGACUUACAAAUUAUACAAUGGAAGGAUUCAAAUGAGACUUAA